GCUUGAAAUAAGAAUUUAAUGGUAAUUCCAAUUGUAAAAUGUGAUUUAAAAGGCAAGAAAUGCCUGUGCUCAGGUGCUUGUUGGUAUCAGUUCUGCUGUUAGGUCAGCUGCUGCAAAGUGCAAACCCGUUGAAGUUUGAAGAACUACCCCAUUUGAUGAAUGAACGUGAGCUUAGUUUCUACUUUGGUAGCGAACAUCGUCAGCAACUUCCACAGUUUGAGCUAUUCUCACCUCGAAGUGAACCAACGCCUAGUACUGAGCGUCCCAGUGAGAAUCAAGUGUUGAGAGUUCCGUUUCAGGAUACUGUUGUGACGUUGGAUUUGAGGGCACGAACAAACUUAGUCACGACCAAUACGAAAUUUGUUACGCGAUGUGAAAAUGGCACCACGAAAGAGUACGUCCAUCGGUCGACGAAUGAUUGCCACUAUCUGCAUGUGGAUCACGAGUCGUCUGCUGCUAUCACAAGCUGUGAUCUGCGAAAUUAUCAGGGCAUCGUCUUCCUUCCGAACCAGACCCUGGAAAUCCAACCCUUAAACGAUAGACUGCGAAAUCUCAUCCCACUAUAUGGACACUUCUUAGUAGAAUCGCAGAAUUUGCAUCUGAUCAAGAGAACUUCGUUCGAGGAUGUGAUUUUCGCCGAUGAUCUGUUCACUCGUAAAAAUCUGCUCACAUCUCCCAAAGGCUCCGAUAUUCAUCUGCUGGGCGACACGUUGGACCAAAACAACUACACUGUCGAAGGUUUGGAACCACUGUAUCCAGCAAAGACAGGUGGGGAGUCUCGUCUACGCCGAUUGACAAUCGAGCUGGGACUGUUCUUCGAUGAGGCCGCUUAUCGGAUCUUUGCUCCCCACUUUGACGGGGAUGAUCUUAGACUGAAGGAUUUUAUUCUCGCUUAUGUAAACGCCAUUCAAGCUCUUUACCAUCAUCCUUCACUGGGAACUCCGGUGGACAUCACUGUGGUAUAUUUGGAAAUUAUGAAACGGCAACCACCUGGGAUGCCGCACUUUAACGGUGAAAGAGAAUCGCUCCUGGAUUCGUUCUGUUUAUACCAGAUGAACCUAAACAAAGGCGAUGACAGUGAUUCAAACCACUGGGAUCUGGGGUUAUAUGUUUCCGGAUUGGAUUUCCAUGCCAUUGAAAAUGGACGACGCAACGGAGUGACAAUGGGGUUAGCCACCGUUGGAGGGAUUUGCAUCGGAGAAUAUUCCUGCGUUAUAGCAGAGUUUGGGACAACCAGUGUAUUUGGCAAACCGUAUCCUUCGGCUGGUUUUACAUCGGUGUUUGUAUCCGCCCACGAAAUCGGACAUAGUUUAGGUAUGCAUCAUGACUCGUCGGGUAAUAGGUGUGCUAAGGAUGGUUACGUGAUGUCACCAUCGAGGGGAACCCAGGGAGAGACUAUCUGGUCGUCAUGCAGUGCGGCGGCGAUUCGGGAGUUGACUUGGGCAGAAUGUCUAUUUGAUUCACCUGUAAAAAUUAAAAAGGAAUUAGAUGCCUGGAAAUAUCAAGGGUAUCCCGGACAGGUAUUCACUGCAAAGAAGCAGUGUGAGAUAUUGUUGGUCGAUAAAGAUGCAAUCGCUUUCACCCAACCCAGUUUGGAUCGCAUUUGUCAAAAUCUACAGUGCCGCACACCACACCGCACCGGUUUCUAUUUUUCCGGACCAGCUCUCGAGGGAACUGACUGUGGCGAUAGUAAGUGGUGCAUUGGUGGCGAUUGUGUGAAGCAGAAGAAAAAACCUAUAAACGUGAUAAAGGGAGGCUGGAGUGAUUGGGACAUUGGAGAUUGUAAUUCUGGUUGUUUGAAGCAUUCGAGGGGGUUCCAGCAGCGAACGAGACGCUGUGACAAUCCCAAACCAGUCAACACGGAUACCGGGUGUGAAGGCAGUUCGUUCGAUGUUACCGUUUGCGACGAUGAGCAGCUUUGUUCGAAUAAGCGGCAACCUAUCGAAGUUUAUGCCAGCAUACGAUGUAGAGAGUUUAGUAAGCUCUUGAGUAGACUUGACCCUGCUGGAUUGGGUAUACAAGGUCCGUACGAUGGACAUAGACUUUGGAUGAGCUGCGCUAUUUACUGCAAACGAGCUGAUAGCGCCGCCUUCUAUGCACCAAGGUUUGAUCUGAACGAUUUGGGCAUUGACUCUUAUUUCCCCGAUGGAACUUUGUGUCAUUCUGAUGGGACGUUAAAUUAUUAUUGCCAGCAACAUCACUGUUUACCCGAGAAUUUUAAAUCCUCUAAGAUUUCAAUCUGGACGCUAACGGAGGACAUUCCCAUCUCGGGCAACGCUCUUCCCCAACGGACCCGCUAUCUAGAUAACGAGCUGUUCAAAUAUCUCUCGAUAGACAGUGACGGUAAACCUCUUAUCGCACAGUGGAAUUACAAUCCGGUUCCACAUGAGGACGACGGUGAGUGGCCAGAUAUUGACUACCGAGAGCUACCGGAAGAGGUAAAGAGAGCAGCCCACCGAUUGUAAAAAGCCGUACAGAUGCGUUCCUUGGCUUUAUCUUAUCACGUGCGAACUGAACUAGUGUGUCAGAAUAAAUAGAGAAAAUGCGCAAUUCAAAUGUUCAGAUGUCGUACCUUGUGGAAUUCCUACGCAGACGGCAUUGAUUGGCGAAUAGCUGCAU